GAUUUUGCCAGUUUACGGAUCAAGAACAAGCCGCAGCAAUGUUCUCCUCUUCUGCUCUCCCACAGUUACAUUGCAAGCUCUUUGCAAAAAUGGGGGACGACCGACCUUUUGUGUGCAAUGCUCCUGGCUGUGGACAGAGGUUUACCAAUGAGGACCACUUGGCUGUGCACAAACACAAACAUGAGAUGACACUUAAAUUUGGACCAGCCAGGACAGACUCUGUCAUUAUUGCAGACCAGACACCUACUCCUACCCGCUUCCUAAAGAACUGUGAGGAGGUUGGUCUGUUCAAUGAGCUGGCCAGCUCCUUCGAACAAGACGAGGAUGACAAGAGAGCAAAGACCUCUCUCCCUGCAGCCAACUCUGAGGCUUUGGACAUGAGCCUGCAGACGACAUCAGAUGUGAAGGUGAAAAAAGAGGCACCCGUAGAGGUCGACUCCUCGCCACCGGACAGCCCUGAAUCUAUCUCUGGGAGGUCAGACAGCAGCACAGAGAUCAUGGUUAAAGGAAAGGACACACCACCCAGGAGUUCAGCCCCCACCCCGACUAUUGUGCGUCCAGGUUCCCUCCCACUACACUUGGGCUUUGAUGCCCUUCAGCCCACCAUGCCGUCACCCACCUCCGUCAUCACACAAGCACCACCUUCCAAUCGUAGCAGUCUUAGUUCGCCAACCAGCCACUACCCCAUGAUGAUGCUUCCCUCUGGUCAGGCAGUGCCCGUGCUUCCUGGUCCAGUACAGAUGCCCUCUGUCAUUAAUCUGGCCCGACCCAUGUGCAUGGUACCCAAUAUUCCUGGGAUCCCCGGUCCUCCUCUGGGAGGUAGCAGCAGCGGCUCUAACUCGCCCUCUGGCUACAGCACCCACAUAGAGGCCAAGAUGCGUCUGAAGGCCGCGCUGUCCCAGCAGAGUCCGUCAGGACACAGUAUGGGGAUCAUGGCCAUGGGCAGCAGCCCCAUGGUACCUCAGAGGGCAGAGCAGAGCCAGCUGCUUGUCCAACAACCAGAUGCUCCAUCACCUGCACAACCUCAGGUAUCUCCAGCACAGCCUACAGGUGGGCGUCGGCGGCGGACAGUAGAUGAUGACCCAGAUGAGCGAAGGCAGCGCUUCCUAGAGAGGAAUCGGGCUGCAGCAUCCCGCUGCAGACAGAAACGCAAACUGUGGGUCAGUUCCCUGGAGAAGAAGGCUGAGGAGCUCUGCAACCUGAAUGUCUCGCUGUCGAAUGAAGUGUCUCUGUUGCGGAACGAGGUGGCUCAUUUGAAGCAGCUGCUGCUGGCCCACAAGGACUGUCCUGUGACCAACCUACAGAAGAAGAAUGCCUACUUAGCUGCAGAAGAGAGCAUGAAAGACAACUCAGAGCCCACAGGUUCUCCUGCCCCAGUGAUCCAGCACAGCUCUCUGGCGCACAGCCCCUCUGCGGGUCAAAAUGGCCUGAGCUCAAGGGCAGCAGCUGAGGCCAUGGCAAUGUCUGUGCUGGCAGGAAUGGGCCAGCAGCAGCGGGCUGAGAGUGGACCCUCUCACAUUAUCAUGGCUGCACAGUCUCAAUCUGCUGCCAGAUGAUGAGCGAUGCCACCACGGCCCAGAAUUUGGCUCUACACUCGUCACCAAGGGGUAUAAAAGAGCAGCGGACUUCCCCAAUUUCCCCAAUCUAGAAGUCCAGAUUUCUCAUCUCCCCUCUUCGCUGUGCUCCUCCGCUCUCUCUGACCCUCCUGUAGAGUCAUCAUGCUGUGGCCUGGAGCUCAGCAGCAGCCUUCUGGGAAUGGACUGAGACUAUUGAGAGAGCUUCCUGUUCACUUUGCCAUAGACUACAGGGGCUGGACUCCAACCUAUCCCAUACUCGUUUCUCCCCCUCUGUGCUUCCUCUCUCUUCUCUCCUCACCCUCAGUCAAAACGACUCCUCACUGGACUGUAAGACUGCAUCGCUCUGACCGUACUGCCGUAAAGAACUUCCCACGUUGACACGCACUGCACAUGUGCACAGUCUCAAACACACAGUUGUUGCAUAAACGUUCUUGAUCAAAUCAGAUACCAAACAACCCACAGGGCUGUAAACUGUUUUCAGCAGGGAAUAGUGCCUUGUGCUCCUCGACUUGUUAGCCAUGCACACACCCACACAUGCCAUCAUAGCAAAUGUCCCUAUACAUACCUAGCUCCAAAGAUGCAGUAGUCGUCUAGACAUCAGUGACUCAGAUAUUCACCCGACACCUUUUGUAAAUGGUCCCUCCUUCUCACCACGGACCCAAAAACCUUACCUCAUUUACACCCCUUUAUGAUAAAAAUGAUGUGUGUGAAUUG